AUGUCUCACUCCACCGGCGAAGACCCUUCCAUUUUCCCCCUCACCGGCGGCUGCGCCUGCGGCAACAUCCGCUACUCCCUCAAUGCCCCGCCCAUGGUCGUCCACUGCUGCCACUGCACCUCCUGCCAGCGUGAGACCGGCACCGCCUUCGCCCUCAACGCCGUCGUCGAGGGAGACGAGGUAACGCUCCUCCCGAGGAGCAAGCCCUCGUCCGCCUCACCGCCGCUGCAGCCGCUGGCGUCGUUCCCAGCAAACCACCGCGUCGAGGCAGACAUCCCUUCCCCCGUGAUCCUCCCCGUCCCCGCCGACUCGGGCGCGCCCCAGCACAUUGCUCGCUGUCCCCUCUGUCUCACGCCCGUCUGGAGCAACUAUGACGGCACAGGCCCCCUGAUGAAGUUCCUCCGCGUCGGCACCCUCGACGCGCCAGCUCUACUAGGCGGUCCGGACGUCCACAUUUUUAUGCGCAGCAAGCUGCCGUUCAUCGAGGUCGCUGACGAUGGUAAGCCUCGCUUUGAUGAGUUUUAUUCUACCAAGGAGGGUGUUUGGACUUCUCAGGGCCUUGCGCGUCGGGAGAAGCUGCUUGUUCGGAUCAGAGAGUGGAGGAAGGAGAAUGGACUGGAUGGAUGA